UCUCUCACACUAUAAAAUUGUACUUCUGAGUGCUGUGUAUAUGCCUGUGUCGAACCUUGAUACGAUGGAGGUGCCUAGAGACGUUUCAGACAGGAAGAAAGUUUGGAGAUCAUAUACCAUAAUGAAGUAUAGGGGGCUGUGGACUGAUGAAGAGAGUGAGAAAUUGGUGGAAGCUCUCCAACUGUUCGAUUGUGAUUGGAAGAAAAUAGAGGAUUACAUCUGCUCAAAGCUAAUAAUCAAGGUUCAAGGAGCGGGGCAAGCGCAAAAUGACAAGUCACCACAAGAAUCUGAUGCUAAGGAAAUAAAGACUAUGAAACUAAUGCCAAGGAAAUGAAGACUAUGUAAUAUGCGAAGGCUACUUUCAUAAUUGAGAGUGUGACUUAUAAAUUUAUAGGUGUAUUUAAAAUUUGACACCUUCUUUAACUGUCUAUUGUUUUAUUCUCAAUAGUACUUUAAGAUAAAUGUAUAAAAGGAUUUUCACAAAUAAAUUGAAAGUGAUAUUUCAUUA